AUGGCAGGCAGCAGUGGAUGGUCACCAGCCCCUGGAGAUAAACAACCAUGGCUUCAAAUAGAUUUGAAGCAAAAAUAUAAAAUCAUGGGAGUGGCCACUCAGGGAACAUAUAACACAUACUAUGACUGGGUGACAAAAUAUAUUUUGCUAUAUGGUGACCGACCAGACAGCUGGAAGCCAUUCUUCCAGCAAGGAACUAACUGGACAUUCUUUGGAAAUGUGAAUACAUCAGGGGUGAUGGAACAUCGCCUGUAUUAUCCCAUCAAGGCUCGUUAUGUUCGCUUUGUGCCAGUAGCAUGGAACCCCAGAGGAAAGAUUGGACUUCGUGUGGCUUUGUAUGGCUGCCCUUACCGGCACGAUGUUCUGUCUUUUGAUGGUGAUGAUCUCAUAUCAUACCGAUUCAGUGGAAAAACUAAUCGAACUUUGCACGAUAGCAUAUCUUUUAAUUUCAAGACGCUUGAAAAGGAUGGAAUGUUGAUGCAUGCUGAAGGUUCCCAAGGAGAUUUCAUUACCCUGGAACUCCAAAAGGCUCGUUUAAUCUUCAGUAUAAGUUUAGGAGACAGCCCCAUCUAUCCAGUGGAUGGUCACACAGUCAUCAAAUUGGGGAGCCUACUAGAUGAUCAACAUUGGCAUUCCAUAUACAUCAAUCGCUAUGAACGUGAUCUUAACAUAACUCUUGAUGGCGAAACACAUCACGUUCGCUGCAAAGGGGAUUUAGAACAGCUUGAUCUGGACACAGAGAUUUUUUUUGCUGGUAUUGUUCAUCAAGAAAAGAGCAUCACCCACAAACAGAACUUCCGUGGGUGCCUAGAGAACAUUCUCUUCAAUGGUGUCAAUAUUGCAGAUCUGGCACGUAAGAAGAAAUCGUCAAUUCGUUUUGUGGGCAAGGUGCGAAAUUCCUGUGUGGAGAUGCCAUAUGUCCCUGUGACUUUUUCUGGCAUCAACAACUACCUGAUGGUACCAGGUGUACCUGCUAAUACAAAGAUGAUGGUGAGCUUUAAAUUUCGGACAUGGGACACUGUUGGUCUUCUACUUUACACUAAUUUUGCUGGCUCCUUGGGUUCCCUGGAAAUGGCCCUAAGUGAGGGUCAGAUCAACGUCUCUAUUUCUCAGCCUCACACAAAGAAACUGGUAUUUGCAGCAGGUUAUAGACUGAACGAUGGAUUUUGGCAUUCUGUGUCUUUGGUGGCCAGAGAGAACUCAGCAGUAGUCAUCAUUGAUGAGGAUGAAGGAGCAGAAUUCAAGGUUAAUUAUCUAUUCCAGCUUCGCACAGGGGACACUUACUACUUUGGAGGUUGUCCAAAACCAGCUGCUAGAUCUGGAUGCAACUCCAACCAGACAGCAUUCCAUGGCUGCAUGCAGAUGAUAAGUGUUGAUGGGCAACCCGUGGAUUUCCAUCGAAUGCAACUGGGCUGGCUGGGGAGUUUUUCAGAAGUCAUGUUCAAUGUCUGUGCUAUUGCUGACAGGUGCAGACCUAAUCCGUGUGAACAUGGGGGUCGUUGCUACCAGUCAUGGGAUGACUUUUUCUGCAUCUGUGAUAUGACCGGCUACAAGGGGGAGACAUGCCACAAAUCACUUUACAGGGAAAACUGUGAUGCAUACAGAGUCAGUGGAAAAUACUCUGGCAAUUACACUGUGGAUCCAGACGGCAGCGGGCCAUUGAAACCGUUUACUGUCUACUGUGACAUCUCAGCGGAGAGAGCUUGGACCAUUGUGCACCAUGACCGGUAUUACGCUACCAAAGUCUUAGGUUCUAGUCCAGACCAACCAUACAUGGGAGAGGUGCAUUACUGGAACGCAUCCUGGGGGGAGGUCUCUGCAUUGGCAAAUGGGUCUGAAUACUGUGAGCAGCGAAUUGAGUUUUCUUGCUACAAAUCCAGGCUCCUUAAUACACCUUCUGGACUGCCUUACAGCUUCUGGAUGGGGCGAAAUAAUGAAAGACAUUUUUACUGGGGUAGCUCCAGUCCUGGAAUUCAGAGGUGUGCUUGUGGCUUAGAGAAAUCAUGUGCUGAUCCAAACCUCUUCUGCAACUGUGAUGCUGAUCACUUGCAAUGGAGAUACGACAAAGGGAUACUCAGCUAUCGUGACCAUUUACCAGUAACACAAGUGGUCGUGGGAGACACUAACCGCUCCAGCUCAGAGGCUUGGUUUUCUGUAGGACCUUUACGUUGCUAUGGAGACCGAAACACAUGGAACACUGUGACGUUUAUGAAAGGUGCCAGUCUCAUAUUUCCAACCUUCAAACCAGACACUAGCAUUGAUAUCUCAUUUUACUUUAAAACUACUGCUUCAUCUGGGACCUUCUUGGAAAACACAGGGCACAGAUGCCGUAAUUUCAUCAGAAUUGAACUGAACACGACAAAUGAGUUGGCAUUUAUUUAUGAUAUUGGCAAUGGCCAUGAAAAUGUAACUGUGAAAUCGCCCCUACGAUUUAAUAAUGAUGAAUGGCACCAAGUAAAGGCUGAGAUCAAUGUCAAGUUAGCACGACUCAAGGUGGAUCAUUUGCCAUGGGUUAUUCGCAGAUUUCCUCUUCAGACUUACAUCAACAUUUCGUAUGAUCGACCUCUCUAUGUAGGCUCUGCUGAGUACAAGCUUAAACCUUUCAUUGGUUGCCUCCGUGCUUUGCGUAUGAAUGGAGUGACACUGGAUUUAGAAGGGAAAGCCAAUGAGACAUUAGGUGUGAGAACCAAUUGCACAGGCUACUGUCAGAAACCACGGGUAGAGUGUCAGAAUGGUGGCCGGUGUGUGGAAAGGUACAAUCACUACACCUGUGACUGCAAUGGGACAGGUUUUGAAGGACUGUUCUGUAACAGAGAUAUUGGUGCAUAUUUUGAAGCUGGAACAUGGGUGAGAUACAAUAUUCUGUCAGUAGCCAUGGUGGCUGCCAAGGAGUUUGCUAAUCUUACAGACCUUCCACUCCUUGUGAGCAAUCUGACCCGCGAUGAGAUCUCAUUUAGUUUCAGGACGUCAAUAGCACCAGCCGUUCUUCUGUAUGUCAGUUCAUUUGCCAGUGAUUACAUAGCCAUUCUCCUCAAGCCAGAUGGGACUCUUCAACUGAAUUAUCAGCUUAACAAAAACCCUUAUAUCUACCAACUAAGUAAGAAAAAUAUGACUGAUGGAAAACCUCACAGGGUCAAUAUCACCAGGGAAUAUCGUACAAUUAAUUACCAGAUUGACUAUUAUCCAGUGGUGACAAAAAAAUUUCUUUUGUGGGACGAGUGGAAAUUUGAUUCCCCGAAAGCUCUUUAUCUGGGACGGGUAGUGGAGACCGGCACCAUUGAUCCAGAGAUACAGAAAUUUAACACACCCGGUUUCAGAGGUUGCUUAGCCGAUGUGCGCUUUAACAAUAUCACUCCCAUAAGGGACUAUUUCAGACCCUCUGACUCAGCAGCUGUUAUUACUGUGAAGGGAACUCUAGUGGAGUCAAACUGUGGGGCCAUGCCUAUGGAGAUAUUCCACAUGCCCUAUGACAUGGAUCCAUGGUACAUGGGAACAGCUUUCCCUCAUGUUCAUGACGAUGGUCUAGCUGGGAUAAUUGCAUUUAUGGUGAUAUUCCUCUUCCUUCUCGCAAUUGUGGCCUUGUUUAUGGUUUAUCAUUAUUUUCACCGAUACAAAGGAUCAUACCUUACCAACGAGCCAAAAGCAAUAGAUGCACAAAACACCACAAAGUCUGUCUCUGUACAGAAAGAACCACUUCCACAGAUUGAAGAAGAAGGUAAAGAUGAAUAGUCCUCUUCAUUUUCACAGAAGGCAAAAUCCAGGAAACCGCAGCCAUUUGAUCAUGGAGUGUACGGAAAAGUUUGCUAUUGGCAUCUUUACUUUUCUCUACCAGUUGAUCCUGUUCACAAUUUAAAAAUGGGGAGAGGAAAGAAGAGAGGUGGAUGAACCUGGCUAAAAUACGAUGAAUGUACUUUUCAACCCUUCUCACAGUAAAGGUGUCUGUAUCCUAUUUAUUUCCCACUGAUGUCCUAAACUGACUGAAGCUUCACAGAAAAGAGAAGUCAUCAAGCAAAGUUGCCUUUAAUAUCCUGUGUUUGAGUUCUAGAGCUAUGGAAAUACAGACUGUGACACUGAUUGUCUUGUAAUAGAGUCUAUGUGAACAUAUGGUACAUUUAAAUGUAUGGGGGUUGCACUUGAGAUCAUCUACUUCAGAGGAUACGAAUAAUUAACUGUGUUCUGAGCCCCUACGUAUAUAUAUA